GCGGGUUCCGGGGUCCGGCGGCAUGAGCGAGGGCGAGGCGGAGGGUCCUCCGCGGCCGGCCCUUUGCAAGGCGAUGUGCCCGGCGGGGGAGUUCGCGCGGCGGCGGCGCCAGAAGCGGCUGCACCGGCUGGAGCUCGGGCCGGAUCGGCAAGCGGACCCUGCGCGGGCGGUGAAGGAGUUCUCCCGCCCGGCGGCCGGCCAGGCUCCCCCGCCACCUUGCGACCUGCGCCCGCCGGAGGUGCUGCUGGCCACCGUGCACCACCUGCUGGGGCGGUCGGUGGCCGAAGCGAGCGAGGUGUCGCCGGCCGAGCGCUGCGCCUUCGUGGCCGACCGGCUGCGCGCCGUGCGGCUGGAUCUGGCGCUGCAGCGGCCGCCCGCCUCGCCCUGCGCCGCCGUGCUGGAGCGCGCCGUGCUGUACUUGCUCCACGCCGGAGCCCGGCUCUGCAACGAGGCGCCCGCGCGCUUCGACGCCCACCUCCACGACGGGCAGCUGCGCGAGACUUUCGCCGCCCUGCGCCGCGCCUACCGCCGCCCCGCCGCGCAUCCUGCCCAGCCGCGCUUCCAGGCGCUCUUCCUCCUCUACCACCUGGGCUCCCCAGAUGCCCUCUGGCAGAUCCUCCAGCUCUCCGACGAUAUCCGGUCGUCUCCCGACCUCAAGGCAGCCUUGGCCAUCCACUGGGCUUUCCUGGAACGCAACUUUGCCCGUUUCUUCCGCCUGGCCCGGCAGCUCCCUUACCUCCCCAGCUGCGCCCUCCAUCCCCACUUGGCCAAAACCCGGCGCCUGGCGUUGCUCGCUUUCAGCCAUGGCUUCCAUGCGAAGAAUUGCCGGUACCCCCUGGCCCGACUGAGCCACCUGCUGGCGAUUGACAGCCUGGAAGAGGCCGCUGACUUAUGCCGGGUGCAUGGCUUGACCGUGAUGGAGGGCAGCGUUGUCUUCCAGAAAGGCUCCUUCAGGGAUUCGGCUUCUUUGGACAACCGGACUUCCCUUCUCCUGGUGGAUGGGAAAUGGAAGGGGACACUGUUGGAUCUCUCCGAGAAGGUCUGCAGCUGAGGCGCCGGGGGACGGCUGCUAGUCUUGUUUUUAUGCGCAGAAGAACGGUCUGCCUUGAAAUGCUGGCUGAGGGGUUGCAAACCUCUCCCCGUAUGUAGAAAGCCAGCCCUUCAGGGAUGCUGCUGCUUGCAGCAAAUAGCAAGCAUCAGCAAGCAUCAGCUUGUUUACAGCUUCGCUGAUCUGCUGUACGGGUUAACCGGUAUUUGCUGCUUGUGUUAGAGCUGUGUUUUUCAGCCUCUGCAAGUUUAAGGUGGAUGGGUUGUAAUUCCCAGAAUCCCCCAACUAGCAAGCUUUAAGUAUAUCUUAAGCUGUCGCGGUGGUGGGGGUUAUUUUAAUUUAUUAUAUUAAUUUAUUUGAUUCUUUUUUAUUAGUUUUAUUGUUUUAAAUGAGAUUUAAUAUCCC